UCCGCAGGUCUCUUUCUCAGUAUCUCAAAGGAUUUUCUUUCUAACGUGCGAAGCACCACCGGCUCCCCCAGGGACCCGCUCCCCGCCUCUGAUGGAAGAGCCAGCUGGGGGAAGAAAGAGGGUAGAGGCGCUGGGCUCCAGCUCCCGCCCCGCCUCUGUCUGGCACUUUGUCUCCGGCACUCGACAGUCGGUGGUGACACCAGCUCUAGACUUGUCAGGCUCGCGCCCCGCGACGAGCGCGGCAGCUCCUCCUCCAGCCGCCGGCCCAGCCGGGCGCGUCUCCGCGGAGCGGACCCGGCGGCGGCGCCACACUCGCCCGCGGUCCCUUGUCCGAGCGCUGAGGGCAGCCCGACCAUGCCCUUCCCGCCGGCGUCCACUCCAGGGGUCCCCGCCGCGCGCCCGCCGCCUCGCAGGCCCUGCGCACCGCCUGCCGCCAGCGCCAGGGAGAAGAGGCGGCCCCCCGAGAAGCCCGAGGGGCUCCUUUCCAGCUCCUGGCCCUCGGCCACCCUGAAAAGGCCGCCUGCCCCCGCGCGCGCCCCGCCCCAGGCCUCACCGGGCCGCGCAGGGACCUCGGCCACGUGCACCGCGCCCCGGCCCGCUGGCUCCGGCCACAGCCAGGUGGGGAUCUCGGCGGGGACAGGGACCGACGGCGCCACGCGCUUUUCCCUGAGCCUCACCCCCGAAGCCAUCCUAGUCAUCCAGAGGCGCCACCUGGAGAAGCAGCUGCUGGCCCGGCCCCACAGGCCCCUCCCCGCGCCCUCCCUGGACCCCCGGCGCCUGCCCGCCCGCCGUCCCGCUACCCGCGGCGUGCAGGCUCCCGACCAGCGGCCGGCGCUGCAGGUGUCGCUGCUCAACGAGCGGCACAAGUACGACGACGUGGAGUACGAGGAGGAGGUCGAGGUGCGCGACGAGGGCCUGGUGCGCAAGUGCACCGAGUGGCUUCGCGGUGUGGAGUCGGCAGCCGCCGCGCGCGACCGCGUUGGACCCUUAGGCUCGCUGCCGCACCUGAGCACCCUGUGAGCCGGCGGACCCGGGAGGCCACACCACUCUCCGGACCGCACCCCAGCACAGCCUCCCGAUACCUAUGCUUGCUCCGCGGUACACUGCCCACCUCCCAGCACCCGUAAGCCCAGUGGCCUCGGUGGGGCAGAGCUCGGCCCUAAUCUGGGGCCUGCCUCCUGUUUUACCCUCCCUGGCCCCCUCUUAGUGCCCUGCAGUUCAGGGGAAGUUUGCAACUGUGGAGCUCCUCCCCAGCCCCCACCCAAGGUUUGCUGAGGUCCCAGAGACCUACAGCCCGGGCUAAGAAGGCCCUGUGUUACUUCUGUCCACUGUGGGCAUCACUGUGGACACAGGCCCUGCCUGCCUCAGAGGGAGCGGGGAGGUAAACAGGAGAGUGACUUCCUGUUGUACAAUGGGCACCUGGUGCUUCAUUUAUGAUUUUGUUUUUUCCCAGAAAACUGUUAGAGGUGUUGGAAAGCCUGGAAACACGAAGUUAAUCACAUUUCUGAUUUUGGAAACGAUGGGAACAAGGCUGUUACAUCACAGGUGGAUCUUCUUGGAUUUUUCUUCUCUGUGCCGAGUGUACACACUCACAUAUGCCCAGGCGUAGACACACACACACAAACACAGAAUCACACACAUCUGUUGCACAGGCACCCUUACAGCCACCUUGACACACAGAUACACACCUGCACUCACUCCUACACAUGCUGUUGCCUGGAGCACAGAUUUAGGGAUUGUUUUCAGUAGGUGGAUCAGGGCAGGAGCAGGGAUGAGUGAGGGUUUGGCUUUUGUUAAAAAUAUCUUUAUCUGAAAGCUUAUGAAAUGUGUCCUGCGCUAGGGAAGGAAACAGGACCACGAGGAGAAGGUGCAGAAAGUGUGUCGCACAGGCCUGGGCCACAGGAGCAGUUCACCCUGGGGGGCAGCAGGAGAUCUUGUGGGAGGUUACUGUCCUUAGGUUUUCAUCACUGAAAUCGGUGACAUGGUGGUGCUGUACUGCUGUACAUAGUGAUUUUAAAACUAUUUAUUAUUUGAAAUAAGGGUUAAGUCCUUCCUCUCUUAGGAGUCAGACCUUUCCCUUGUAACUGGAAGCUGACUUCUACAGAGCUGUUCCGUGCAUCUGAGUGUAUCUAACGCUAAGGAUGGGGAAAAAGUAAAAUGUUAUAAUCACAUAAGGUUCGUUAUAGAGGAGCGAAGCAUUAUGUCAAUUUUUACUUAUUUUGUAAGUCAAUAACCAGUUUAAUGUUGAUCUUUAGACUUUAAUAUGUUGAAUUUUAGUUGUAAAUUGGAGCCUUCUUUUUAAAAGCCAAUUCUGUAUUUUUUCUCAUGGAGAUCUUUGAUCUUUCUCUGUCCCUAAGUUCCUGGCACAACUUUCAUCAGACAUGAGGCAUUUAAUUCAGUGGACAUUAGAUCAGCCUCCAGAUGAUUUUCAAGAAAGAAAAAUCCCACCUGUUGAAUAGCUUUUCUAACCCAUUUUUGAAAGCAGAUUUACUUAAAAUGAAUAUAUUUGUACCAUAGAGGCAAAAUAACCCACAUUGGCCAAAAUGGAGGCAGUGCUCCUGUUCCCCCAGUGUGAGCUCUGAUGGCCACCAGUGCAAGAGGACUUGCUCCAGACAGACCGGUGGAGAAGAAACUGACAGCUCAGGGCAGGUGUGGCAUCACUUAGCUCCUGUGUCAUGAGAAUACCAGCAGUUGAGAUGCUGAGCCCAGAUUUCUGCCCCUGAUUACAGUUCCUUUUAAAAGCAUUUGAAAGAUUUUCUUGGUUGCCUCCUAAAGAGACUGGUGCUUCUCAUCCGUGUGCCUGCUUGUACAUCCUUGUUUGUUCCUCUGUUUUGAUUUCCUUUACUUCUAGGUGUCCUGUGUUCAUAUCUUCUUAACUACCUACAAUACAAAUGCAAGCACAUUUUUCCAGUGUACAUUGUUUACUCACUACAGUGCGAGUGCCUUGUUCUUCACUUUGAAUGCAAAUGAGGGGUACUUGUGUUUUCUGUUAAUGACUGUGUAAAAGCUGAAGAAGUUUUUCAAAGGCACACAAGGUCUGUUCACUGCUGUUGCUGACAUUCUGAAAACAGUUUUUAGUCACUAUGCUACGAUCUCUUAAUGCUCAAAUAAAAGAGAUUCUAAGA